CUUCAUGUGGUCACAUGGGUGGCACAAUCGCAUUGUUUUCGUUUUCCAACUUGGAGGCUAGGUUAUGUUAUCUUUGCUUGUUCUUUCUAUGAGAUCUUUCUCUCGCAUAAAAAUGUUCUCUUUCCAAUCUUAGAAAUUAUAUAGUGAACUCAUAUUCCUUGCAGCAAAAAGAAAUUUAUAAUAAAAAUACAAUGUCAAAAAGGCCAGAACAUCAAGCACCGCCCGAAGUGUUCUACAAUGAAGAUGAAGCAAGAAAAUAUACCCAGAACUCAAGGAUCAUUGAUAUUCAAGCACAGAUGACUGAAAGAUGCUUAGAACUGUUGUUGUUACCUGAGGAUACUCCUUGCCUCCUCUUAGAUAUUGGCUGUGGGUCUGGCUUAUCAGGAGCAGUGCUUGAAGAAAAUGGACACAUGUGGUUUGGAAUGGAUAUUUCUCCUGCUAUGCUAGAUGUUGCUGUGGAACGUGAAACAGAAGGUGACCUGGUCCUGGCCGACAUUGGACAGGGAGUGCCAUUCAGAGCUGGCUGUUUUGAUGGUGCUGUCUCGGUCUCUGCCCUCCAGUGGCUGUUCAAUGCUGACAAGAAAUCACAUAAACCUGUCAAAAGACUGCAUGUAUUUUUUAGCACAUUAUAUGCUGCAUUGUCAAGAUCAGCCAGAGCAGUCUUCCAGUUCUACCCUGAAAAUGAAAAUCAGAUAGAACUGCUAACAGGGCAAGCAAUGAAGGCUGGUUUCUAUGGAGGUGUAGUAAUAGACUACCCAAACUCUGCCAAAGCAAAGAAAUUCUACUUGGUACUUAUGACAGGUGGUGCUGGUCCAUUGCCUCAAGCUUUAGGUACUGAAGAAUCAGAUAACAGUCUUCAAGUGAAAUAUGCAAGAAGAGAAGCCAGUAAGAAUGCUCGUGGUAAACCUCUCAAAAAUACUAGAGCUUGGCUUCUAGAGAAAAAAGAAAGAAGGAGAAAGCAAGGAAAAGACACUAAACCUGACACGAAAUACACAGGCAGAAAGAGAAGUGGACGGUUUUGAAUAAAACAAAGUGUACAUAACUACUAUUUACUAAGAUAAAUUAUUUCUAUAAAUUUAAA